AUGAGCGGGACUCCCAGAGAAACUAUUUUUAUUGGAGCAUCCUGGUUUUGCCACCUGCUCAUCCCGCUGCCUGUCCUUCUCUCCAAGGAGGCUUCUGCCAGCCCUGCUUGUCCUUCCCUAGAAAAGGAAAGCCUUUUCCUGUUUGAUCCUGAGACACCUGAGGCUUGGAGUGCCCAAAAUACAGUGAGCCCACCUUCCUGGUCCCCAGACAUUUCAGAAGGUCGGGAAAUUUUUAAACCCAGGCAGCUUCCUGGCAGUGCCAUUUGGAGCAUCAAAGUGGGCCGUGGGUCUGGAUUUCCAGGAAAGCGGAGACCUCGAGGUGCAGGACUGUCGGGGCGAGGUGGCCGAGGCAGGUCAAAGCUGAAAAGUGGAAUCGGAGCUGUUGUAUUGCCUGGGGUGUCUACUGCAGAUAUUUCAUCAAAUAAGGAUGAUGAAGAAAACUCUAUGCACACUACGGUUGUGUUGUUUUCCAGCAGUGACAAAUUCACUUUGAAUCAGGAUAUGUCUGUAGUUUGUGGCAGUUUUGGCCAAGGAGCAGAAGGAAGAUUACUUGCCUGUUCUCAGUGUGGUCAGUGUUAUCAUCCAUACUGUGUCAGUAUUAAGAUCACUAAAGUGGUUCUUAGCAAAGGUUGGAGGUGUCUUGAGUGCACUGUGUGUGAGGCCUGUGGGAAGGCAACUGACCCAGGAAGACUCUUGCUGUGUGAUGAUUGUGACAUAAGUUAUCACACCUAGUGCCUAGACCCUCCAUUGCAGACAGUUCCCAAAGGAGGCUGGAAGUGCAAAUGGUGUGUUUUGUGCAGACACUGUGGAGCAACAUCUGCAGGUCUAAGAUGUGAAUGGCAGAACAAUUACACACAGUGCGCUCCUUGUGCAAGCUUAUCUUCCUGUCCAGUCUACUAUUGAAACUAUAGAGAAGAAGAUCUUAUUCUGCAAUGUAGACAACGUGAUAGAUGGAUGCAUGCAGUUCGUCAGAACUUAAAUACUGAGGAAGAAGUGGAAAAUGUAGCAGACAUUGGUUUUGAUUGUAACAUGUGCAGACCCUAUAUGCCUGCGUCUAAUGUGCCUUCCUCAGACUGCUGUGGAUCUUCACUUGUAGCACAAAUUGUCACAAAAGUAAAAGAGCUAGACCCACCCAAGACUUAUACCCAGGAUGGUGUGUGUUUGACUGAAUCAGGGAUGACUCAGUUACAGAGCCUCACAGUUGCAGUUCCAAGAAGAAAACUGUCAAAACCAAAACUGAAAUUAAAGAUUAUAAAUCAGAAUAGCGUGGCCAUCCUUCAGACCCCUCCAGACAUCCAAUCAGAACAUUCAAGGGAUGGUGAUAUGGAUGAUAGUCGAGAAGGAGAACUUAUGGAUUGUGAUGGAAAAUCAGAAUCUAGUCCUGAGCGGGAAGCUGUGGAUGAUGAAACUAAGGGAGUGGAAGGAACAGAUGGUGUCAAAAAGAGAAAAAGGAAACCAUACAGACCAGGUAUUGGUGGAUUUAUGGUGCGGCAAAGAAGUCGAACUGGGCAAGGGAAAACCAAAAGAUGUGUGAUCAGAAAAGAUUCCUCAGGCUCUGUUUCUGAGCAGUUACCUUGCAGAGAUGAUGGGGUUCGGGCCUCGGGCCCCUCCCCUCGCCCAGGCACACCUUGCAGAGGAGGGGGCGGCGGGGACAGGACCCGGGUCUGUGCCUGCGCACACCCUCGCGGGCCAACCCCACCCCCCCGCCGGGUACCUGUCACGGCUACUGCCGCGGCGCGCGCCCACCAGGUUAAGCCGGAUGGCGGGAGGAGGGGUGCGGGGCACGGGGUGCGGGGAGGGUGGCACGGCGCGCGCGUGCGCAGGAGUCGCCGAGCAAGAACUGGUAGUGCGCGCGCUCGCCGCUCGCUCGCGUCCCGGAGGCGGAGUCUGCGGCGGCGGGAGGAGCAGGGGCGCGCCUAUGCUAGUCACGUGGGGGCUGGGGCGGGGCCGGGGCGGGCCGGCGCGGCCGUUCAAGGCAGGGGGCGGGGCGUCUCCGAGCGGCGGGGCCAAGGGAGGGCGCAACAGCUGCUACCUCAACACUUUCUGACCCAACGGUCACCCAGCGCCGGACUCGCUGCGCCCCGGCGGCUCUAG